CGGGUCGCGCUGGACGACGGGCCCGGGCGGCGGCCAGGACGGCCUGCGCACCGACGGCGGCCGAGACGCAGGCUCCCGCCUGUCGCUCCCGCGCCUGCAAGCGGCGCGCUGCGCCAUGGCCGCGUCGCCGGGCUCGGGCAGCGCCAACCCGCGGAAGUUCAGCGAGAAGAUCGCGCUGCACACGCAGCGGCAGGCCGAGGAGACGCGGGCCUUCGAGCAGCUCAUGACUGACCUCACCCUGUCGCGGGUUCAGUUUCAGAAGCUUCAGCAACUGCGCCUCACACAGUACCAUGGAGGCUCCUUACCAAAUGUGAGCCAGCUGCGGAACAGCACCUCGGAGUUUCAGCCAUCAUUUCACCAGACUGACAAUGUCCGUGGGACCCGGCACCAUGGGUUGGUGGAGAGGCCAGCCAGGAACCGCUUCCACCCACUGCACCGAAGGCCGGCAGACAAGCCAGGGCGUCAGUUUGAUGGUAGCACAUUUGGAGCCAAUUAUUCUUCACAGCCCCUAGAUGAGAGUUGGCCAAGACAGCAGCCUCUUUGGAAAGAAGAAAAGCAUCCUGGGUUCAGAUUAACAUCUGCUCUUAACAGGACCAAUUCCGACUCUGCUCUUCACACAAGUGCGCUGAGCACCAAGCCCCAGGACCCCUAUGGAGGAGGGGGCCCAUCAGCCUGGCCUGGCCCAUACAUGGGUUUCUGUGAUGGGGAAAAUGAUGGGCCCAGGGAAGUAGUGCCUUUCCCUGGCCCAUUGAAAGAGGAGAAUCUGCUAAAUGUCCCGAAGCCAUUGCCAAAGCAACUAUGGGAGACCAAGGAGAUCCAGUCCCUGUCAGGACGCCCUCGGUCUUGUGAUGUCACAGGUAGCAAUGCGCUCCCCCAUAAUGGGCAAAACAUAGGCCUCUCACCCUUUCUGGGGAACCUGAACACAGGAGGGUCACUGCCAGAUCUGACCAACCUCCACUGCUCGACGCCACUGCCAGCCUCUCUGGAGCCCAGCGACCACCUCCUGGGCAGUGUGAAUGUGGGGAGCAGUGUGGGAAACCUCCCUGCUGCCAUGACUCACCUGGGCUUAAGAAGCUCCUCUGGUCUGCAGAGUUCUCGGAGUAACCCUUCCAUCCAAGCUACCCUCAAUAAGAUAGCACUUUCCUCUUCCCUAAAUAGCCACCCACAGACAUCUGUUGCCAGUGUAUCUGCUUUGCACCCUUCCCUGCGUCUGUUUUCCCUUAGCAACCCAUCUCUCCCCACCACAAACCUGAGCGGCCCCUCACGGCGCCGGCAGCCUCCUGUGAGUCCCCUCACGCUCUCUCCUGGCCCAGAAGCACAGCAGGGCUUCGGCAGACAGUUCUCUUCCACCAGCCCGCUGAACCCAUACCCUGCCUCCCAGAUGGUGUCCUCAGAGCAGAGCCCACUGUCCUUCCUGCCAUCUGAAGCGCAGGCCCAGGUGUCCCCGCCGUCCCACUACUCCACAUCCCAGGAGCUCCCGCAGCCCCUCCUGCCACAGCCCCGCUCCCAGGAGCCCCAUGCUCCACAGACCCAGGCCUCCUCAUCCCUGCCCCUGUCAGACUUCCAGUUUCUCCCAUCCCAGGGGACGUCUUUGAACAGCUUCUUCCCAGAUGUGGGCUUUGACCAGCAGUCUGUGAGGUCUGGCCCAGCCUUUCCCCCACAGGUGCCCCUGGCACAGCAAGGUCACCGAGAAGCACAGGACUCAUUUCACUUGAGACCAAACCUGUAUUCAAACUGUGGGAACUUCCCGAAUGCCAUCAUGACAGAAGAUUCAAGCACCAGCCUUUUCAAAGACCUCAGCAGUGCACUGGCAGGCAUGCCUGAGGUCAGCCUGAACAUGGACACUGCAUUUCCACUGGAAGAAGAACUCCAAAUUGAACCCCUGAGCCUAGAUGGACUCAAUAUGUUAAGUGACUCCAGCAUGGGCCUGCUUGACCCCUCAGUGGAAGAGACGUUUCGAGCUGACCGACUGUGAGCAGGAGACCACAGCAGGAAGAUUUCUGAACUAGCCAAACUAGAGUGGAAUAGAUUGGAGCCAGUAACCUACUAGGACUUUAGUUAUCUCCACACAGAGGGAGCCUGUUCCUCGGCUCUGAGCUUUCAUGUGGUCCUCCCUCAGACAUCACAACUUCUCUAGACAUCCUGUCUCUUGGGCCCGCACACACAUUGUGUUGCUCUGGAGCUUCUGGGGAACUGGAAAGCUCAUUGUCUGAUGCUUUCAUCUAUCUUUCUACUGGCCAUUUAGUCUGUGUGUACAAGUAGAAAAGCUCACAUAACAGAAGGCCUCGGUAGCUCAGAGCCACUGAUCUCAAUCUACUUGGAAGACAGCCUGGUGUGGGAGGUCAUCAGGGCCCUCACUUCAGAGCUGGCUCAGUGUCAUGCGAUGGUACUGGAGCACCACACUGCCUUCUCUGACCCAGCCAUGUGGUGCCCUCCAGCUGGUACCAUCCCACAGCUUCUCUCAGAGCCACACCAACAAGCCACAGCUUUGUCAGGCACCGUACUUAUCGUAUGAAGAAAUUUAGCCACCAGCCCAAGGACAGGCUUGAGUCUGGCAAACAGAAUGCUAGUUUGUUUUCUCCAAGUCUCUAGUCUCUUUUCUGCUGCUUUACACCUUUUCCUUAAAGACAAGAAGAAAAGGAAGACUAUUUUAUUUAGCUACUAAAAAGUGCCCAGGGAAUGGAUGAGCCUGAGAAGAACUGAGCUCCUUCUGGAGGCUGAGGAAGAAGGGGCGCCAUAGGUAGCCCACAGACACAGGGACAACUCCAGACAAGCACAAGUUUCCCUCCCUGUGAGCCAGCUGGGGUGCCCCCAGCUUUGAGCUCUGCUUUGUGGAGUGGGAGUUUCCUGUAAACCUGCCUGACAACAAGCUCCCAGAGAGCAGAGACUGUCCCUUAUUCCUAGUGCCUUAAAAGCAUUUAGCAUGGAAACCAUGCUGCACAACUGUGUGCUGGGUGCACACUUAGGUCUGCCCGGUGGCAAGGUAUCUUGCCUGGAACUGCUCCAUUCCCUACCAGGGGCUUUUGAGCUUAACUCUCCCCAUGCUGGUGCCUGUGCUGGAGUCACUGUGCACUUUACUAUGCUUCUAACACUAGAUGGUCAGAUCCUUCUCCUUGGGGUUCUGCUCCACAGCAGAAGGUGGGAAUUGCCACUCAAGUGGAUCUAGUAUGUCUGAGCGAACCCAGCCCUCCCCAGGGCUCGCACCUGCAGAUCCUCAUGAGGCUUUCACUUCAUGAGAGCUGCUGUCUGAUAUCUAUGCUCUUCUCUAAAUUGCUUCAGAUAGAGAUUUGUGCUAUGAAGUUGGAGCAGUAGGUUCAUAGUAAACAAAGGCCCAGACCACAGAACUAUCAUGAACACAUUAAUGCCUUAAACAGUAAUAUGAGAUUUCCAGCAGUGCCUGCUUCCACAACUGAGCCUGGGAAUGGAACCUGUAGUGUCCAGAAGCCAUGCAGAGAGCCACCAGGUGGGGUAGGGAGCCCUGAAGCGGGUACAUGCCGGAGCCUUUGUGCACACGGAUGAACAAGGAGCCAGCAUACUCUGCCCAUGGCAAGGGCAUUGUUUCCAUCCCAGCUGGUGAGCUCACCAGCACUUGCCCAUUUCUCUUCUGUCCUCAGAGGCCUGACCUCUGACCUUUCCAAGUCCAUGGUGCAUCACUCCACCCUCCUCAGAACUUGACUGUUCCUGUUUGCCUGAGCCUCUGCUGUUGAGGUAGAGGUCAUCCUAGAGUCCCCCCUCAUCAGAUUUCUGCUCAGGAAUGAGCUGUUGGCCUCCUCUGCAAGUCUUAUUCCCAGUUAAACUCCUAGAUGCCUCCAUGCUUGAGAUCUUGGAGCAGGGCAACUCUGUUACAGUGCAGUGCUCUUCAUGGGCAUGCUACCCAGCACCCCAGUGUGCCAACAGAAUCCAGCUCCUGUGUCAGAGGCCCCUAGAAGGGGAUGUCCCUGAAGGGGGAUGCCAUCAGUUAUGAGAGUUACGGUUUUUGCAGAGAGGAAGUGCCAACGUAAUCUGCUCUCUAUAUAGUGCCUUACCCUGGGGCACCACUGUGUCAUGGUGCCCAGUCAGCUUUGCACAGCAGCCCUGCUGUCCCCCACCCCACCCCAAGGCCCACAGGAGGAGUUGCACUGCCAUGGGCUCUGCAGGGACUGUUGGGGGGGGGGUGCCCUGAGAAGGUGGUAUUGAGGACAGUGUAGUUUAGCACUGAAUUAAAUUUUCCCCAGGGCCCUCCCACUGAUUUUUUCUUAUGAAGGUUUUAGGCAAUGUACAGUCCACUUUUCGGGAUGGGGCUGUGGACAUACCAGGUCUGGUGUCACCCUGUCUUGGGCUUAAGUCUGUGCUGUCUGCUGCCUUUGGAGCUAACCAACCGUGGUCCUCAUCAUGGGAAGUGGCUCCAGACUUCAGACAAGGUUAUUUUUAAUAUUUCAUUUUACCACAAGAAAUCAGUCCUGCUACCCUCAUUUACUAGCAGUUAAACAACAUAGGACUAAAAGCCUCUCUGUGUUUCCAUUUCUUUGUUCUGUAUUGUUUUGAAGACAUAGGGCAUUAGGAGAAACUUGUCCUGAUCGCAUCAGGGCCACCACACUUCUCCUUCACCCUGUUUCAUUUCUAAGUCUGGUGUGUGUUGCGUGAGCUGAGAUGUUGUGUGUCCAAGUCCAUGUGCGCUGUGAAAGACGCUCUCCCUGACUCUCCAGGAGCUUCUGAUCCAUGUGCAUGUGGUUCUGAGCCAGUGCGGCUCCAUUGCUUUGUGGUUGGGACCAUGGCAGCAACUAGUCAGACUUCCCGCCUGCGUGCUAACUCCCAGGGCCCUUGUUAAACAAUAUUUAAAAAUUGGGUUUUGUAUAAAUAGCUUCCAAGUUUUAUAAUGCAUCAUUUUACAUCUUUCAUAAUUAAAAGUGGCACAUUAAAGC